GCAGACCCUGGUCAGCGCGGCAGCCAGGACCGUGACGCAAGAGACUGGGUGACAUGAGACAUUCGACUGUGCCCUGCCCUGGACAGCUUAAUGGUAGAAGCAUUAAUCCCUAAAGAGACAGGAGUGGGUUUCAGGAUGGCAAAAGAGGAGCCCCCGAGUACCUCAAAGGACUUGCAGGAGCUGCAGAAGAAGCUGUCUUUGCUGAUAGAAUCCAUCCAGAAUAACUCAAAGGUGGUUGCCUUCAUGAAGUCUCCGGUGGGGCAGUACCUGGACAGGCACCCUUUCAUGGCCCUCACCGUGCUGGUGUUUGUGGUCAUGUCAGCCGUUCCUGUCGGGUUCUUCUUGCUCGUUGUGGUGCUUACCUCCCUGGCUGCUUUUGUGGGAGUCAUUUUACUGGAAGGUAUCCUGCUCAUCUGUUCAGCACCUUUGGAAAAUGAUUCAGCUGGGGGCACGGGUAUUUAUUGGGUAGCUGCCACUCUCAUCCAAUGUUCCUGUUCCUGAAAAGGUCACAGUGACCGAGGCGGAUUGUCAGAGUAGUUACAAGAUGGACUUUGGAGUCCACAUUAGAAUCCUACCUCCACCAGUGUGA